UUCUCAUUUCAGGUCAUGACCAAGUUCGUCACCUGCCUGGGCAUGAGGCCGAGCUGGCAGUUCGGGGACGUGUACGGCCUGGACCCGGAGCUGCUCAGCAUGGUACCGAGACCCGUGUGUGCCGUCCUGCUGCUGUUCCCCGUCACGGAGAAGUACGAAGCCUUCAAGCAGGAGGAGGAGGAGAAACUGAAGGAGCAGCCGCAGCAGAUUUCCCCGGACGUUUACUUCGUCAGGCAAACCAUCGGCAACGCCUGCGGAACAAUAGGAUUAAUUCAUGCGGUGGCAAAUAACCAGGCUCAUCUGCAGUUCGAGCCGGAUUCUGCUCUCAAGAAGUUCCUGGAACAAACGUGUAAGAUGGCGCCGGAGGAGCGGGCCACGUUCCUGGAGAAGGAUGAGAGCAUCCGCGUGACGCACGAGUCCAGCGCGCAGGAGGGCCAGACCGAGGCGCCGAGCUUAGACGACAAAGUCAACCUGCACUUUAUAGCGUUUGUGAAUGUGGGAGGACAAUUAUACGAGCUGGACGGCCGGAAGCCGUUCCCCGUGGUCCACGGGAAAACAUCGGAGGAUUCCUUCCUGGAGGACGCUGUGGAGGUGUGUAAGGUGUUCAUGGCCCGAGACCCCCAGGAGGUUCGUUUCACCAUCAUCGCCCUCUCCAAAGACUCGUACUGAGGAAACCCCCCCGACACGAGAGACAUUACUGCCAAACAUUCUUAAGUGCUAAUUAUUUUAGAGAAUUCAAAACGCUACAUUAAAUAAUAAUAUUCGGGGAGGUUUCCAGGGAUGGAAGGAUCUUCUCAUCCUAACAGUUAGACGCUGCACCACCUCGGCUCUGCACUUUGGUUUGCUUUCCCCGCGUUCCGGCCCGGUUCGGGUGGAGGUUCGACUCCGCCGUCGUCAUUUAAUCCUUCAGCCACUCCAGCUUGUUGUAGAACCUUCUGAUUUCUCCGGGCGUUGCUCACCCUGAGCUGCAGAAACGUUCAGGGGCCUGGAACCGUCACCGGAGCUGGAGCUGGCUGAGCAGCAGCAGGAGCCGCCUGCGGUUUUGUAAGAAUUUGAAAUUGUGUUCAAUAAAGUUCAGGUUUAUUAAAGAC